AAACUGACGAGGACGACAACAACGGGACAAUAGGUAGGGACAAGACACUUCAGCAAUUACAGUCAUUGAGAAAUCAUCUCGGGUCAAGAACCCCUAGACUUCUCAGUCCAAGUUUCUAGGAUUAUACUUUUUGUUCUCGCGUGUUGUUCUUCCGGCUAUUCCAUGCCUUGGUGCCCUGGAAUAGUAUCCGUUAACCAAUCAAUCUCUCAACCCCGUGAGCGAGGUUGUGUAAGUGACUCUUUGGUCUCUUGUGUCUCAACUGAUUCUGAGCCCGUGAUGAGAGUUACUCUUAUUGAAAAGUCUACCUACGAGAACCAUCAGUAGCAAAAAUGCUACUCCAACGUCUCACUAUGCCCUCGGGCAUGAGGUCCUCCCUAUCCUCUCUUUCUCAAAGAGCAUCAUCAUCAGCAUUCACUCGAUGCUCUUACAGCACCAAACCCAACAACAAGGUCUCAGACCCAUUACGCAUUCUCUUCUGCGGCUCAGAUGUCUUCAGUUGCUACUCGCUAAAAGCACUUCACGCUGAGCACAAGGUCAACCCAAGACUCAUCAAGUCUAUUGAUGUCAUGGUUCGACCAGGAAAGGCUUUCGGUAGAGGAUACAAGGAGAUCCGUCAAGUCCCCAUUCAAAACCUCGCCGAAGAACUUUCCCUCCCCAUCCACAUCCGCGACACCUUCACUGGUUGGUCCCUGCCUCAGAGUCCCGAUGGAGAACCCAUCAACCUCAUCGUGGCCGUCUCCUUCGGUCUCUUUGUUCCUCCACGCAUUCUCAACCAAGCUAAAUAUGGGGGGUUGAACGUUCACCCUUCUUUGCUACCCGACCUCCGCGGCCCAGCCCCCCUCCACCACGCCCUCCUCAACCGCCUCUCCCACACAGGCGUCUCACUCCAAACCCUCUCCCCCCAAACCUUUGACGCCGGCACCGUCGUCGCCCAAACCCCUCUGCCCGGCAUUCCCAUCCCGCACGCCUGCACGGUUUCCCAACUGCACGACCUGCUCGCUCCCCUAGGAGCCGAGAUGCUCGUUUCUUCUCUGCAAAAGGGUCUGCACGUCCCCCCUUUGACGCCCGUAAUCGACAAUACCAUCCCCCCUCUUAUCCCCUCUCCUGUCGAGAACAAGAGAUAUACGCACGCCCCCAAGAUAACCAAAGCCGACCAGCGUUGGUCCAUCUUAAAACACUCAGCCGCGGACGCCGCGCUGACAGCUCGAGUUUGCGGUGCCGGGUCCUUGUGGACUAGUGUUUAUCUCCCACUUCCAGUUCCUGUUGCUGCUAAAGAAUCCUCCGAGAAGAAAAUCUCCAAAAAAGAAGACCAGAAGGAAGAGGAGCUUGAACUUCCGCUCUACUACCCCCACCCCCUCGAGGAAUCAGCAAAGGGAUCUCCAAAGCGCAUCAUUCUCGAGGACGUAUCCGAGCUUCUUAUCCCCUCCUCUUCUGACGAUGCUGGGCUCGAGCAAAAGUAUGAAGCCUACCGACGGAUUGUUGAAAGUAUGAACAGCGGCAAGUCCAGCUCCAUCGAGCAGCAGGAACUUGACCCUGUUUUCCUACCUCAGUCUCACACUGAAUCCCCUCCAGACCCGCUCUUCUGGCUCCUGAGGCUGGGCGAGGACGAGUACGUCCAUGUCGAGACGACCACUGCCAACGGUGACAAGGUGACGGAGAGAAAGCCGAGAGUGAGUUGGGCCUUGUGUACCAGGUUGGGACUGGAUGGUGUGAACGAAAAAGUUAAGGGGGCUGUGACGUUUGUGAUCCCAGAAGAUGGAGGCAGGUUUGGUUUGUUGAGGGUAGGGAAAAUCAAGGUGGAGGGAAAGGGGGCAAAGCCGGCUAGACAGGUGAUGAAGGAGCUGGCUGUUAAGGCGGGUUAAGAAGUUUGAGACAUGGUGGCUUAAAAUGUAGAAUCAAGAUAGGUUGGCCAGGAGCACAAAUCACAAAACAUUCAAAUCACAAUGGCAAGUCGGAGGAGCAGAUCUAGAGUGGUCAAAGUUGCCGUGGUUGAAUUUCAAUAAUAUACAGCGCGGUAUAUCUCAAC